AUGCUGAGGAACAGCACCCUGGCCCAGUUCCGUGGCCUGCCCACCCUCCGGCGCAUCAGCCUGGGCCGGAACAGCUGGGUCUGUGACUGCGCCAUUGAGGACCUGGUGGCCUGGCUCAAGGAGAGUGACCAGGUGGAGGGCAAAGAAGCUCUGACCUGUGCCUACCCUGACAAGAUGGUGGGCAAAGCCCUGCUGAAGAUCAGUGUCUUGGACCUGAACUGCUCCAUGCCUGUAGACCUGCCUUCCCAGCUACAGACUUCGUACGUCUUCCUAGGGAUAGUCUUGGCUCUCAUCGGGGCCAUUUUCCUCCUGGUUUUGUACUUGAACCGAAAGGGGAUCAAAAAGUGGAUGCACAACAUCAGAGAUGCCUGUAGGGAUCACAUGGAGGGCUACCACUACAGAUACGAGAUCAAUGCAGACCCCAGGUUAACAAACCUCAGCUCCAACUCGGAUGUCUGACGAAGCGCUGCGGAUGCGAGGCAGCGCACAGUAGCUAUGCAUGAAAAGUAGACUUAUGCUUUACCCUCGUGCUUGCGUCCCUCUCCCUGGAGAAAUCUCAGACGUGCUUGUAACAUGGAGGGAUAUGCCUCCCUCUGACGUCAAGUUCAAUUUUGUUUUGAGAUGCUGGGCAGCUGCGCAUGGUGUUGGGUGGUAUGUAAGAAACAAGCUGCUAUUUCUCUUCCUCUUUACCUGUCUGUACUCGUGGGAAAAUUUUUUUCAAGAUCUCAAAAGAAAAAAAGGAUUCUUUCUGAUGCUCCAAAGCCACCAGAGUUUAUAAAAAAUUUACCGGUGCAGACAUCAUUCAACAAAAGCUGCCUCAACUUUUUUGGGGAAAAAGUUGUGUUUCUCUGUGCCAGUUUUAAUCUUGUAUAUCCUAAUUGUGAUGGCAACUAUUC